UGUAAAUUGAACCAUAAAUGAUAUAAUUAAAUCUACUAAUAAAAAUACUAGUAAUAAAAAAAAUAUCCCAAUAGAAAAAAAAUGUCGGACUUUUACGGGUAUUACAAAAAUUUUGCCAUUAAAAUGUUAUCUGUUCCCGCAAUCCUUAGUCCGAAAGCCUUGAACCCAAAAACCAAACACGAUCUAAACUUCCUGUCACCAAAAACUAAUCUUAGGUCAUUGAUCCUUAAAAUUAACGAGGUUCAACUGAUAAUGUAUUUGUAUUUUUUUCGCUUUAAUUAUCUCAUGUCAAGUGACAUUUUUAUAUCGCGUUCAUAGCGUACAGUGGUGUUAUUACGUAAUGUACCAAUUUUGGUUUAUAUUCGUCCUGGUCAGCUUAACUAGUGGGCUUAGGAUCAACUUCACAAACUGCCAACACCCUGAAUGGACGUGCCAUAACAAUGCACCGAGUAACAUCACUUACGUGUGUCCGGCUAGGAGUAAUGAUAACAUAGUUCAUCUCAAAGAUUUCUACACGGAUCACAUCCACAGUUUGACGAUAAAGAACUGUAGGGAUUUAAAGGUGGUUUUGGACUGCCCUAUCCUACAAAGGUCAUCCCGACUUCAAAAACUGGCUAUAAAGGAUUGCACGAGACUAGAAUUCAUAUCCCUAUCGAGUUCGUCCCUGCUACAAACACCACCAGAAGUUUACAUUGAGAAUAUUAAAGAAAUCAUAUCUCUGCCCAGAAAUAUGUUCAAAUCACCAAAAACUAUCACAGAGACUAAAUGCAUGGGGACGUCAUCUUUGAAAUGCAUUCAUUUUGCGAAUUCCAAAAUAAAUACAAUAAGUUCAAAGGCCAUUCACAACAUAAGCGGCUGUAGAAGUGUUGAGUUCGACAAUGUCACUAUCAAUAGCAUCCAAAGCGAAGGCAUAGAGGCCAUCUUGGGGAACGAUAAUACGCUAUUUGAAAUGACCAAUACUAAAGUUGAUGGUAUUGAUUACAGAGGUAUAACAGUACAAAGUGCAACAGCUAGGCUAUCGUUUAAUAGCUUCGGUGAGGUCGUAGCGGGUGUGGUGAAUGUUACGUCCGAUAAAUUAUAUAUAGUUGGUAAUUCUUUUAGAACAAUACACGGCAAUGGAUUGGUGACGAACUCAAUACACACAGAUAUAACGGACAACAUAAUAGGAACGCUGAAAACUAACGCGCUUAGCAACAUCAAAUGUUCCAAACGUCGUUCAACAAAAAAACACAUGAAUUUCAUUAGGAACACCAUCGAGCGGGUAGAACCUUACUCGCUGUACCUGGACUAUGCCAGUUGCAAAACGGCUGGGACGCAGGUCGUUAUACGAGAAAAUAAAAUGGACUGCAAGUGUCGGAACAUAGCGUAUCUAAAUUCACAGACGAAUGUUGAGCAAAACAACUUAAUCUUGAAUCUGAGCAACAACAAUACGUGUCUGAUGACGUCAUGCGUGCUGCCGGUCGAAGUUGUGAAGCUGUUAUUAGAGAGCGACAUGUGCCACUUGAAUCUCGACACACGAGUGAUGUGUCUGCUUUAUAACGAUAAGCAUUCCAAUAAAAACGAGGUGAUUACGGACGAGGACGUCACAGAGCCGGCACCCACGUUUUACUUGAUAAGACAAGCUAAUAAUCUACAAGAGGGUUCGGCGGCUAUGACCGCCAUCGAUAAGGAGGAUCUUUUGAAAGACACGCAUUUAAACAUGACGAAUAGAACCACGAUCAAAGUCGUGUUCGAUUCCUCUAAAGAUUUUGUGGAAACUCUCCGCAGUACGAGUAGGACCAGAAACAGGCCUACAGAGCACAGUCCGCCCAAAGAUGAAUACGUGUCCCGAUGCAUAGGAACUCAGUGCAGGAACACCGCCGCCUACAAUAGACAGAGGGCGCUCGAUUUUUACAAAUACGUAUACGCACAGUUACGUUCGCCGAGAGGGACCGGCAGCAAUGAAAAUAAAACUUGAUUAUUUUAAUGUUUGUUUAAAAUAAAUGUAUAAAAUAUGUUA